AUGGCUGCUCCCAAGUUCCUGUGCCUACCACUGUUGUCCUUACUUGCCCUGCUUGUUGCCUACUGGUUCCGCCAUGUAGAAGAGGACAACCUGCAGGACCAGCUAGAUACAGUCUUAUCAUCUCUGCUUCGAGCUGAGCAGAAAGUUGGACUGGAUGCCCACCGUCCCCCACGAAUAGCAAUCGGUUUUGGAGGCUGCCUGGAUAUCAUUGUAGAUGGUGUAGCCCUGAUGAAGGAAACAACCAUAGAGCCUAGUUAUAACCCGGUUCACCAUAACUUCAUUGAGACAGAGACACAGUUGGCUGAGAGUUUUGCCUAUUUCUUUCCUCCUGGUGCAGCUUCAGAGAGAUAUGUAUCCAACGAGACGUUGUUUAGAAAGCUUGUGGAUGCCUCUAAAAGACUUCCUGAAAUGCGUUGGGCUCUAGGUGGAAAUGCUCCAGUCAUGGCAAACCGCUUAGCUGCUGAAGGAUGUGAUGUUCUACUAGGGGGUCGUCUGAGUCAAGAAGAAGCUAGUGUGUUAUCCGAUCGCAUCAUAGUUGCUGGCGAGACAGUAUUAGAUGCUGACAUCCACCUUAUUAUGGAAUAUCCAACCGGUGCCAGGUGGGGAAACCACAUCUCUCGACGUGCAAAUAGGUACAUCGUACACAGUGACUCUCACAAUCCCAUGAUUGACUCCCUUGAAGAUUUCAGAUCACAACUGGAAAGUUUUAAGCCUGAUCUUCUUGUGAUUGGUGGGCUACAAAUGAUGGAUAGCUUCCCUUUCAAACCAGGUCAGCGUGAAGCAAGAUUGAAGGCGAUUCAAGAAAUGGUGUUGUCCAUGGACCAAAAUAUAGGCUGCCACUUUGAGAUGGCAUCCUUUGUGGAACAAAACCUCAUGAAAGACUUGCUAGAGUAUGUCAUUCCUUAUUCUGACUCUCUGGGAAUGAAUGAGCAAGAACUUCCAAAUCUUCUCAGUUUAAUUAAAGGGGGAAACAUUACAGUCUUAUCUGACCCUUAUCCUCGUGUGGCUUCCAUUCUGGACCAAAUGCGUGAACUUUAUCACCUGCUUACAUCCAUGGAACUUGAAGAGGGUCAGAGGAGGCUGACCCGGCUGCAUGUUCACACGCUUGCAUUUCAGGCUAUGUUGGUGGGCAAAGGCUCCAUGUGGAAGAACACAAUGUCUGCUACAGCAAAGGCAUCUCUUACUGCUAAUAGACAUGUUUGUGGUUCUGCACAUAUUGAUACUCGCAAGGCUAAACUCAUUAUGGAUGAUUCUUUCUCAAUCAGCAGAGAAGUUGGCAGCCAGAGGAUACCUUUUAAGGUAAAUCGUCCUGUGUCUUGUUGGGAAGAGGACACUUAUGAGAUCUGUCUAGCACCUGUCUUGGUCUGUACUGAAGUUUUCCAGACAGCAGGUGGAGGAGACAAUAUAUCUGCUGCAGGACUGGUGUUGCAAAUUUAA